UUGGUUUUAAUUAGCCCACUCGAUCAUCUGUUGAAUCGAUUGAUUGCCAAAACUCCAAAGUAAUCGAGCCAUGGCACAAGCCAAAGAAAGUGAAACAAAGAUGCCAACAGAACCAGUCAUUUCAUCUGAAAGCCACCUUGAUCUUGUAUCCAAGCUUCCAACAAGAGAGGGGCUGCCACUGUCGCUGGUCCUCUACAAGAACUAUUGGCUCUUGCCGCAUCAUGCCGAUAAAAUCAUGCUCCUCCAAGAUAGCUUCAAUGCUCGUCCCGACGACACCAUCCUCGCGACGAAUCCCAAGUGUGGCACCACCUGGCUGAAAGCCCUCGCGUUCACUAUCACCAACCGCUCUCGGUAUGACUUCUCUAACCACCCGCUACUCACCAGCCAUCCCCAUGAGAUCAUAUCUUUCCUCGAGGUCCCUCUGGGCAAGGAACUAACCUAUGUCGAGAAGCUCCCCUCUCCAAGGCUUCUUGCCACUCAUAUGCCCCUUUCGCUUCUCCCCAAGUCCGUGGCCAACCAUGGCUGUAGAAUUGUUUACAUCUGUCGGGAGCCCAAAGACGCCUUUGUGUCAGGGUGGCACUUUGGGAAUGAGAUACACAUAGGACGUAGCACUGACUUGGACACUGCGUUCAAUAUGUUUUGCGAGGGUUACUGGCCCAACGGACCUUUCUGGGAUCACUGCCUCGAGUAUUGGAAAGAGAGCAUCGCAAGGCCUGAUAGAGUUCUCUUCCUGAAGUAUGAGGAGAUGAUGGCAGAUCCUGUUAAUUCUGUCAAGAGGCUUGCAACGUUCCUUGGUGACCCAUUCACUGGCGAUGAAGAAGAGGGUGGGGUUCCCGAGGAGGUGGUGAGGUUAUGCAGUUUUAAGAUGCUUAGUGAGUUGCAAACCAAUAUGAUAGGAGAGCUUCAUCGAAGGGAAAAUGUUGUCUUUAAGAAAUCAGCAUACUUUAGGAGGGGGAAAGUGGGGGAUUGGGUAAAUCACAUGAGUGAAGAGAUGGGGAGAAAGUUGGACUACAUCGUGGAAGAGAAAUUCAAGGGGUCCGGCCUUCUGCUUUGAUCAAUCUUUAUACUUUUCUUGUACUUUACUUCCUCGUAUCAUAUGUGUCGACAUCAUUUUUCUUUUUCUUCUAGGUAAGAAUGAAGAAAUAGAAAUUUCCUUAAGAAACUUGUACUUUUGAGACCGAUGUAUCCGCUUAGACACAGACACAGACACAGUAAUUUGGUUAUGUGAAAUUAUUGUGAUUCAACUAUAUGCGAAUAAUAUAUGUUUGCUAUUUUUUCGAAGUUAAUUCCGGAUUGUAUCCCCCGGAAUAGCUGAGCAUGCUGUAAUACCUCUAGUUUGUUUUGAGUGUAUUUUUUCUUUUUAUCAUGUUUAACAAUUGUUUAUGAUGUUUUUGAAAGAAUACGAGGAUUGGUUAA